CCGCACCCGCAGCCCGCGCCUCGCCAUGGCCGUCCGUCUCCUCCGCCGUUCCCUGCGCCUUUGGAGCGUGCCCCGUGCCCCGAGCCGGCCGCUGGCCGCCAGAUGCUCUCAUUCUGGAGGGGAGGAACGUCUUGAAACUCCUUCUGCUAAACAUUUAACAGAUAUAGGAAUUAGAAGAAUCUACUCUUCAGAGCAUGACAUUUUCCGGGAAAGUGUAAGGAAAUUUUUUCAAGAAGAAGUGAUUCCAAAUCAUGCGGAGUGGGAGAAAGCUGGCGAAGUGAGUAGAGAGCUUUGGGAGAAAGCUGGAAAGCAAGGACUACUAGGUGUCAACAUUGCAGAGAAGCAUGGUGGGAUUGGUGGGGAUUUUCUCUCAUCAGCUGUUGUUUGGGAAGAGCAAGCAUAUUCAAAUUGCACAGGCCCAGGAUUUAGUCUUCACUCAGAUAUUGUUAUGCCCUAUAUUGCAAACUAUGGAUCAGAAGAACAAAUUAAGCGCUUCAUCCCUGAAAUGACUGCUGGAAAAUGUAUUGGUGCCAUUGCAAUGACAGAGCCUGGUGCUGGAAGUGAUUUGCAAGGAGUAAGAACAAAUGCCAAAAAAGAUGGAAGUGACUGGAUUCUAAAUGGAAGCAAGGUAUUCAUCACCAAUGGUUGGCUAAGUGAUCUUGUGAUUGUGGUAGCAGUGACAAGUCGGGAAGCUCGCUCUCCUGCCCAUGGCAUUAGCCUUUUUCUGGUUGAAAAUGGAAUGAAAGGAUUUAUCAAGGGUCGAAAGCUCCAUAAAAUGGGACUAAAAGCCCAGGAUACUGCAGAAUUGUUCUUUGAAGAUGUUCGGUUGCCAGCUAGUGCUCUACUUGGAGAAGAGAAUAAAGGUUUCUAUUACCUCAUGCAAGAACUCCCACAGGAAAGGUUAUUGAUCGCUGAUAUUGCAAUUUCAGCGUGUGAAUUCAUGUUUGAGGAAACAAGGAAUUAUGUUAAACAAAGAAAAGCCUUUGGAAAAACAGUUGCACAUAUACAAACGGUGCAGCAUAAACUAGCAGAAUUAAAAACACAUAUUUGUGUAACUAGAGCUUUUGUGGACAGCUGUCUUCAGCUUCAUGAGAAUAAACGACUGGACUCUGCCACUGCUUCCAUGGCAAAAUACUGGGCAUCAGAUUUGCAAAACAGUGUAGCUUAUGACUGUGUACAGCUCCAUGGAGGUUGGGGAUACAUGUGGGAAUACCCAAUUACAAAAGCUUAUGUGGAUGCCCGAGUUCAACCAAUCUAUGGUGGUACCAAUGAAAUAAUGAAAGAGCUGAUUGCAAGAGCGAUCGUGCAGCCGUGAAUAAUAGACAUCUGCCCACAUCCUGGAAUCCUAUUACAACUAAUCUGGCUCGAAAUCUUCUCAAGAUAAAAUGCAACCUGGAUGAGAGAAAAUACUAGACAUAUUUUAUAUGCCCUUCCUCUAGAGAAAGAAACAAAUCAAAUAUAAAAUUAACAAUGGGAGGAGCAAUCCUUGAACUUAGAGUUUACAAAACUCUCUAAUAUAUUCAAAGUUUUAGGUUUUAACAUUUCCAAUAUUAAUAUAGCUCUAAAACAAAGAUUAUCUAAUUCUAGGAGCCUUGAUAUUUCACUUAUCCUUAAAAUUUUAAAAGAACAUAAAUGUUUGUGUCUUCAAUUGUGGCAGGAAAAAUGUGAAUUUUGUAAAGAAAAAAGUUUUUAAUGUUUAUAACACAUUGACUUUUAAAGGAAAAAUAAAUUCACUUUAUGAUUCAAAAUAA